AUGAAUUUACAGGGUGGAUCGCCGACUGACGCCUCUUCCCCAGUUUCAACUCUAUCUUAGAGCUGUGUAGACUAGUAAGUCCACACGUUUGUUGAGAAGAGGUGUCCUCUGCUGUAGAAGCUGUAAGAAACACAAACAACCAGGAGAGCAGCUUAUUUUAACAAGACUAGUUGACCGACUCGGUGAAGAAGGCGCAACAGUUAUCCGAAGAAGAAAAAACAAAACAGAAAAAUGGACGAAAAGGCGUUUACGAAAGAGCUCGAUCAGUGGAUUGAGCAGCUCAACGAAUGUAAGCAGCUGUCAGAGGGACAAGUGAAGACKCUGUGUGAAAAGGCAAAGGAAAUCCUGACAAAAGAGUCAAACGUCCAGGAGGUGAGAUGUCCGGUGACCGUGUGCGGCGACGUGCACGGCCAGUUCCACGACCUCAUGGAGCUGUUCAAGAUCGGAGGGAAGUCUCCAGACACAAACUACUUGUUCAUGGGCGAUUAUGUGGACAGAGGGUACUACUCUGUAGAAACCGUCACUUUACUUGUAGCUCUUAAGGUUCGCUUCCGGGAGCGCAUCACAAUCCUCAGAGGGAACCACGAGAGCAGGCAGAUCACACAAGUCUACGGUUUCUACGAUGAGUGCUUAAGGAAAUAUGGGAAUGCCAACGUUUGGAAGUAUUUCACAGAUCUGUUCGAUUACCUCCCUCUCACUGCCCUGGUAGACUCUCAGAUUUUCUGCCUUCACGGGGGCUUGUCGCCGUCUAUAGACACACUGGAUCACAUCAGAGCGCUGGACCGUUUACAGGAAGUACCGCACGAGGGUCCCAUGUGCGACCUGCUGUGGUCGGACCCCGACGACCGCGGCGGCUGGGGCAUCUCUCCUCGAGGAGCCGGGUACACGUUCGGUCAGGACAUCUCUGAGACUUUCAACCACGCCAACCGCCUCACACUGGUGUCUCGAGCCCACCAGCUUGUUAUGGAGGGAUACAACUGGUGCCAUGAGAGGAAUGUGGUGACCAUUUUCAGUGCCCCGAACUACUGCUAUCGGUGUGGCAACCAGGCGGCCAUCAUGGAGCUCGACGACACCCUCAAAUACUCCUUCUUACAGUUUGAUCCCGCCCCCCGCAGAGGAGAGCCUCACGUAACCCGCCGCACCCCGGACUACUUCUUGUAAACCUUUUCUACAGUCCAGUCCAGUAUUACCAUUAUACAACUUCAAACUGACGUGAUCCAGGAAGGGGAGGUUUGCAGCAGUGUAUAUUAUUUAUUCACAUGAAAACCAAUKUAAGCAUUUUGUAAAAACAAGUCUAUAAAUGGACCAAAAAGUGUGUGCCAUAACCAUUAUAAUAUUUAUUGCUGAGGGCUUUUAUUUGUAAUCCCCCUGUUCAACUAUAUAAACAGAUUUUGAUGCUUAAAUUCCUCAUUUUGUACAUAUGUAGCUGGGAUGAUGGCUCCCAACUUCACAGCAGAUUUUGGUAAUAAUAAAUGCAGCUCCAACCUCCAAACACCAUGGAUUUUAUUAAAGAGAUCUGAACUUGGUUUGUUUGCACUUUUGUAUGAAUAAAGAAUUGUAAAAUAUGUCAAAAGAUGAAGGAAACUUCACACUACAGGUGAUUUUUUUUGUAAAACGCUUAUAAAGUCCGAAGUUUUUGUCCUGUGUACCUUCUAAUGAAACCUGUGCACGUGCAAUGAUGCAGCUUUGGUUUAAAUGAAAGAUGAUGGAGAGUUCGUUCUCAUCAACUCACUAACUUCCUUUAAAUUUCAGACUCUGUAUAUUAACCAAACCAAUAGAAUAAUAAAGUUUAAAAUGACUUCU